UCAAGCACGCAAGCGCUACUGGACUCAGGGUUGUGUGUGGUGUGUUUUCUCGCGUACUGUAGUCUAGUAUGCAUUUACAUGUUUUAAUUGUCUAGAUGUUUUUAUGUAUUUAUUUCUAAUGAUAGGUCUAUCUAUAUUCCGUCCUGCGGGCUGUGCAGAAACAGCUACUUGCGCUUGCCGAGUGUGGCAGCGGUAAAAGUCGGUUGCCGCUGCUUUAUUAUACGGUCCUGCGUCUCGGCAAAAUGAUCAGUAGUUUGCCAUCUAUGGGACACACACACAGCCCAAAAUAAUAAAUGGGCUUGCAGCUUAAAACGUAAAGAAACAGACGAAAGGGAUAUAUACUGUAUUUGUGCUGGGGGGAACAUGUGGCAAAGCGUCGGUCUGACUGUGCUGGUUAUUGUCGCCACCCUUGUAUGCGUCUUGCUGUUCAUGCUGUUUGGCUGGUAUGUUGUAUGGCAGCUGUUCCUCUCUAAGUUCAAAUUCCUGCGGGAGCUGGUGGGUGACACGGGAUCCCAACAGGGAGACGACGAGCCGUCCGACUCGGAGGCAGAGCGAGACUCGCCCCCGACCCCCCGGCACAGACCCAGGAUGGCCCGGCAGAGGAAAGCCCCUCCUGAAGAAGCUACAUAGGGAGACUCGGUGUCCUGCAUCAUCCCUCUGACCAGGCCUCUGAACAUACCUGUGUUCUAGGAGCUAGUAACAUCUUUAUGUUAAAAUUUUAGUGACGCCUCCACUAGUACUGCUGAGUGCAGAGCAUGUUCAGUAACCUUUGAUUUCCAUGUCUCCCUAAGGCUACUGACUUGCUCCAGUGUGCUGAUGUCUGCGAGACGUAUGACUGUCCAUUACAUCACACCGGCUGUGUUUACAGAUGAAGGCAGUGCUUGCCAAACACCAGAUAACACUGGCUGUAGCAACCUGUUAGCAUUUCUUUACUAUUAAUUGGGGAAAAACUAUUGUAACUGACUGACUCUCCACCCCCAGGUUUUCCUAUUUCAGUUUUUUUUCCACAAGUGAGUUUCGAAACUGUACUCCAAAGGUUACUCAAAUGUGCAAUGAAAGAAAUGUGUGAAAGCGGUUGGUGAAAUAGUGCAUAACGGUUUAACAUUAAUCAGGGGAACAUUAGAGUUCUUGACUCCUUGCUUGGAGGCCUUCUGAAAACUGAAUGUUAUGACAACACUAGAACCACAGUGGACCUCUGGUCAUUUAACUCUACUUCUGCAUGGAGUGCUGCUUGACUCAGAAAUAUAAAAGCAACUGAAUGACUGUAGAAAGAUUUUUUCUUGUGUAUCAAGUUGUCUUGCACAUUCACAUUGUUGUUUUUUCUAUGUUCUAUAUGUAUUAAGAAGCACCCUUUUCAGCUACUUUUACAUAUGAUGUUUUUUUCUGAACAUGGUCUCUGACAAUAGCGAAUACUGUAAACUGUUUACAUGUUGUGUUGUUUUUACUGUAGCUGGAAUCGCCCUUAAUAUAUUCCUUAAAAGAGUCAUUCUUUGUUAAACAGAAUACUCAUCUUACUGACUGAAAAAAACAGAAUUUUCUCAAAGUCUCCUGAAAUACAAAUUAGGGUAUAGAUGUAAUCACAGCCCUAUAAAGUUAACAUGUUCCCCUUAGUGCUGUCAGCCAUUCCAUCGAGUUACAGUGGUGUUCCUCAGCUUCAGGCCUCAAGGGCCACUCCGUCCUAUGAACAUCACUCCACCUGAGUUGGUCAUACUUGAACUUUCCAGACACCUUGGAGUUUGGCAGUGCAUUGAGUAAUAGAAGCAUCACUCCUCCAGAUGGCACUGACUUUCCUGGAAGGUGCUUCAGAGCUGGCAGCAUGUCAGAUGAGGAAUGUUGAAGGAAAGCUGUGCUGAGCUCCUGGACAGUGAGCCAUGUCCAAAAAGAGGGAAACUCAUUAAUGGUACUGAGGUGCAUCCGGUCCUCUUGGUCACAGGUUCUUCUGGUGUUCAUUCCAGCUGAGCUUUAAUGUGACGUAAAAUUAGCUUUUUUGUAGACGGAGGUGGACCAUAGUAACACUUUUCCGAUGGCUUGUGGAGGGGGUGUUGAGAGAAAUGUUAAACCGAUGCCGUUGAGGAUAGGAGUAUGCGCCUAAACCACACACAUACAGUACAGUACACGUUUGAUCAUGGGGGUUGUCGGAGUUUUUCAAGGAAGGAAAAAUGUCCAUGCUUUGAGAGAACGGUCUGCUACAAUGGACAAGCUGGACAAUGGACUGAAAUUAUUUGAAGGUUCUUGCAUUAUGGGCUAUAAUGUUACAGUAAAACAGUGCCUAUAGCCACAUAAGCCUAGAUGGAUCGGGCAUUUUGUGCAGUUCCUCUCUGGGGAAAAAGCAUGUAACCUGUGGGAAAUUAAAAGCUUUUAUUGCAAACACUUUUAGAUGGAGUUGCAUUGAACCGGUAGGGCAGUUUCUGCUUAGAAAGCAUUAUUUCAUCCUUGGGUUGGAAAUGUACUAUAGUAAAGACACAUAUAUGAUAGAAUCUUGGUUUUAGAAUUGAAUUGAACUUAAUGACCGCAUUCAUUUUAACAUUAAACAAAUGGUAAUAUUCCUAUUGUAACUGACGUUAAGAUAUUGCAAUAGUAAAAUGCAAUUGCUUUUGUAUUUGUAAAUUAUCUGUAAUAGAAUUUGUAUGUCCAUUUGGUCAAUAUUUCAUCCUAGGUUUUGCAGAACAUUUGGUCUGAUUGGUUGCGUGAGUAGUGAACAUUACUACUUAAAUAAUGAAGAGUGAAAACUAGGAGGAUUUAUUAUCAUUUGAGUAUUUUGUAAGAAUAAAAAGUGUAUUUAGUUAUUUUCAGAAUAACUGACAUUGAGCUGUGUCUCCAAUUAUAUCAGUGUUAGCUUUAUGACCUGGCUUGUGCUCAUUUCAUUCAGUUUAAGGACCUUUUCAGAACUCUUCUGACAUCCUUGACUUACCUCAAAGUUGGUUAGAUUGUUAUAUUUUUAUGUAACUGUUUCUGCCAUUGACCAACUUUGUCUUUUGUCUCUAGUUUCAGAAUUAUUUUCUUCUGUUAUGUUGCCUGCAGAUGGGUGCAAGGGGAGUUUGCGUGUUGCAGUCAUGCCUUGUAACUAUACUUAAAGUGCAAUAUGGAGACUGAACACAAGAUGGCAGUUUUGCAUUUCACAUUGCAAAAUUGUAAACUGAACUACUUUUCACAGACAUUUAGGAGGAUUAACUUUAAAUGAUGAAGAUCUUUUUGUGCUUCAAGUGCAUGCAUGCCAUUUAAAUGUACAUAAGGUCUAUUGCUAUGUAUGUGGCAGUAGUAACUUGUAUUAGUUUUGAAACUGAUUUGCACUGAACUGAUACCACAUCUGUAAAUUCAAUGCAUAUUCACUUUUUAUUGUUAAUGCUUAGCUACAACUGUAGACAUUGUUGAUUACUAUUACAUUUGUUUCCUAAUACACACUGUGCUUUAAAAAAUAAAGCAUUUUAUAAGAUUUGAAAAGGUGUAGAACCAAGAAGUACUUUCAACGAUACUGAUUAGUGACUUUGCAGUUCACAUGAAUUGUGUGAUUGUAAAAAAAAAAGUUUUAGGGAGCUUUUGAAGAUACAUGUUUAAAAACAUUUGGAGUAUACAUGUUGGAAAACUAGAGCCUACAGAUGACGGUCAGGAAAUGACUGUGGUAAGCCAAGGAAAUGAGACUUUUCCUUGCUACUUUCCUCAGUCUAUAAAUAGAACCAUGCCCAUUUUACUGUCCUCAUGACGGGGCGUACACUGCUAUAGCAAGCCUGGAAACCAGAACAGAGAAGUUCACAUACUGUAUAAUGGUCUGUCAUAAACAUGGAUGGCGAUUUGUGGUGAUGUAGCAUGGAGUUAGGGCCGCAUCACCUUCGAAGACAAAAAACGGAAAUGCUACGGAAAUGAUCAGCUUGUUAAACCCUAACUUAUCAUAAUGCUACAGCAGAAUUAACCAGAUUGUAUUUCAGUGCUGCUACAUCUUAAAGCUCAUGUUUUAAAAAUUAAAGUCAUUCGCUAGC